AUGAACGUGACGUCGCUAUUCUCCUUCACCAGCCCGGCGGUGAAGAGGCUGCUGGGAUGGAAACAGGGGGAUGAGGAGGAGAAGUGGGCGGAGAAGGCAGUGGACGCCCUAGUGAAGAAACUGAAGAAGAGGAAGGGAACGAUGGAGGAGCUGGAGAAGGCUCUCAGCUGUCCCGGACAGCCCAGUAAGUGUGUGACCAUCCCUCGGUCUCUGGACGGUCGUCUCCAGGUAUCCCAUCGUAAAGGUCUCCCCCACGUCAUCUACUGCAGAGUGUGGAGGUGGCCCGACCUACAGUCUCAUCACGAACUCAAGGCCUUGGAGUGCUGCCAAUUCCCCUUCACGGCCAAACACAAAGAUGUCUGUAUCAACCCCUACCACUAUAAGAGAGUGGACAGUCCUAUGCUGCCCCCUGUCCUGGUCCCUAGGAACAACGACCUCACAGCGAGGCCGGGGAUGCAGCCCCGUUACCAUGGCGCCAUCGACCAGAACGAGCCUCUCAUGCCCCACAACGCCACUUUCCCAGAAUCCUUCCCUCCAGGCGGGGGCGGCAACGGAGGGUUGGCGUUCCCUUGUUCCCCUGGCAACAGCUUCCCCAGUUCGCCCGGCAGUGGGUCCAGCAGUAUCUCCGCGUUCCCCCACUCCCCACUUAGCUCCGACCCAGACAGCCCCUUCCAUGUCCCGGCUGACACCCCGCCCCCAGCAUACAUGCCUCCAGAUGAUUAUCUGAUUCAGGACUGCUCCCAGCCAAUGGAAACCAACCUCCUCGCCAUGCCAACCGGCCUGGAUACCAACAACAGGCCAGAUGUUCAGCCAGUAGCCUACGAGGAACCAAAACACUGGUGUUCUAUAGUGUACUAUGAACUGAAUAACCGCGUGGGUGAGGCGUACCUGGCGUCAGACUCCAGUGUUCUGGUCGACGGCUUCACCGACCCGUCCAAUAACCGCAACCGCUUCUGCCUCGGCCUGCUGUCUAACGUCAACCGCAACUCGACCAUAGAGAACACACGCAGGCACAUCGGCAAAGGUGUCCAUCUCUACUACGUAGGAGGUGAGGUGUAUGCAGAGUGUCUGAGUGACACCAGUAUCUUCGUUCAGAGUCGUAACUGUAACUAUCACCACGGUUUCCACCCCACCACGGUGUGUAAGAUCCCUAGUGGCUGCAGUCUGAAGAUCUUUAACAACCAGGAAUUUGCCCAGCUACUGGCCCAGUCAGUGAACCACGGCUUUGAGGCGGUUUACGAGCUCACCAAGAUGUGUACCAUACGCAUGAGCUUCGUCAAGGGUUGGGGUGCAGAGUACCACCGCCAGGACGUCACCAGCACCCCCUGCUGGAUAGAAGUGCACCUGCACGGCCCUCUACAGUGGCUGGACAAAGUCCUCACACAGAUGGGCUCUCCCCAUAACGCCAUAUCCUCCGUGUCCUAACACACACACACACACACACACACACAGCCUCUCGACGCCACAUGUUCAAAUGUUAUUUUGUAACUUCUUUUUUUAUUUUUUAAAAAUCUGUUGAGAGAGAAAAAAAACACAACACAACGUUAUUCAUCAUCCCAUAUUACAAUAUCUGUCUUGACUGGAGUAGCCCAGAGAAUCAGCUAUGGAUAGCUAGGCUAAAUGAGGCCACAUGCUGCAAUUUCUCCCCAACCCCAUUCAGAUGAGAACAUCAGCCUUCCUAUUGGUUACUCCCAACCCCAUUCAGAUGAGAAAACAUCAGCCUUCCUAUUGGUUACUCCCAACCCCAUUCAGAUGAGAAAACAUCAGCCUUCCUAUUGGUUACUCCCAACCCCAUUCAGAUGAGAAAACAUCAGCCUUCCUAUUGGUUACUCCCAACCCCAUUCAGAUGAAAAAACAUCAGCCUACCUAUCAGUUACUCCCAACCCCAUUCAGAUGAGAAAACAUCAGCCUUCCUAUUGGUUACUCCCAACCCCAUUCAGAUGAGAAAACAUCAGCCUACCUAUCAGUUACUCCCAACCCCAUUCAGAUGAGAAAACAUCAGCCUUCCUAUUGGUUACUCCCAACCCCAUUCAGAUGAGAAAACAUCAGCCUUCCUAUUGGUUACUCCCAACCCCAUUCAGAUGAGAAAACAUCAGCCUUCCUAUUGGUUACUCCCAACCCCAUUUUUGCUAACUUUGAGUUCGCAUAUGUUAUUCCAUCUUUCAUUGGUGAACUCACUCCACUUGCGUCACAUUGAGCCUCUUUGAUUGGCCAACAUAACAACAAGCUACACAGUAAAGGCUACCUGUCUUUUUUACGAGACCACGUUAUAAAAACUACCUUGAAAAGUUAGUGAAUUAUCUGCUAUUUCAUGGUAUAUCCUUGUAUGUAACAAUGUCACAUGGGUAAUUUAAUUUACCAUGACCAAGCUGGACAAUCAGGACUGAGGGAUUAUCUGGCCUCAAUCAGGACCGAGACAUCUGUGAUCGGCUAGCACUGCCUGGCCUCAAUCGGGACCGAGACAUCUGAUUGGCUAGCACUGCCUGGCCUCAAUCGGGACCGAGACAUCUGAUUGGCUAGCACUGCCUGGCCUCAAUCGGGACCGAGACAUCUGUGAUUGGCUAGCACUGCCUGGCCUCAAUCAGGACCGAGACAUCUGUGAUUGGCUAGCACUGCCUGGCCUCAAUCAGGACCGAGACAUCUGUGAUUGGCUAGCACUGCCUGGCCUCAAACUGGACCGAGACAUCAUCUGUGAUCGGCUAGCACUGCCUGGCCUCAAUCAGGACCGAGACAUCAUCUGUGAUCGGCUAGCACUGCCUGGCCUCAAACGGGACCGUGGCAUCUGUGAUCGGCUAGCACUGCCUGGCCUCAAUCAGGACCGAGACAUCAUCUGUGAUCGGCUAGCACUGCCUGGCCUCAAUCAGGACCGUGACAUCAUCUGUGAUCGGCUAGCACUGCCUGGCCAGCCAGGACAAUCGUGGAAUCUUUUCUUAAUUGGAUUUGCUCAACUCCUACGUCCUCUCGCCUCUUUUUGUAAAAGUUCAAAGGGUAAUCAAAAGGCGUCGAGGAGAGGGAACAUGGGACGAAAAUGCGCUUGUAUGAAAUGAGACUCCUAGUCCACUCGCAUGUCAUCAGGCAAAUGACUUGGAUCCCAUUUAAAGCAUGUAAAGUGAUCAGAACAAAUGAUGCUAGUUGUGAAGUACAUGUUCUAGAUAAAACUAUAAGUAGUAAACAGAUGCAUGUUUUUCUCCUGUGACAAAACAAAAGCUGAUUCAAAGGGUGGGGGGGUGUUGAUUUCAAAACUCUUCUGUGAUGGACUUAGGUAGGACACACAUGACUGUCCUCCAUGAGAGGUGGCUAUCGAGGAGGGAAGGGACAGUCUUCCGUUCGCCUGCUAACGAAUUGCCAUCUCCUUGACUACUUAUUGGUUUCUGGGUCACGGAGGAGAGAGGGUGGAGGAUGGAGUUUUGCCCAAAUGAGAAAAGAUCCUUUCCAGUGCGUUUAUAUUCAGGUUAUGUCCCAAAUGGAACACUUGUUCCCUUUUAUAGUGCACUACUUUAACCCCAAUGGACCCUGGUCAAUAGUAGUGGACUAUAAAUGUAAGAAGGGUAUCAUUUGGUUGUUGUGUCACUACAGUAGUAUAUGUUUGUAUCACAAAUGGCCCCCUAUUCCCUACAUAUUCCCUAAUAUAGUGUAGUGUCUUGGACCAGGGUAGGGCACGAUGUUAGGAAAUAGGGGGCCAUAGUAGAAGGUGAAACGUUGAUAUUUUUGAUGUAUUAAGAUGUAUCUCUAUGUUUUUAUUCGUCAGCUACGACUACUAGUCAAUGUGUAUCCCAAAUGGCACCCUAUUCCCUACAUAGUGCACUACUUUAGACCCUGACCUAUAGGGCACCCUAUUCCCUACAUAGUGCAAUACUUUAGACCCUGGCCUAUAGGGCACCCUAUUCCCUACAUAGUACACUACUUUAGACCCUGGCCUAUAGGGCACCCUAUUCCCUACAUAGUACACUACUUUAGACCAGGACCUAUAGGGCUCUGUAUAGGAAAUGGGCUGCCAUUACAAACAGAGGUGAUGUGCUGUCUGUUCCAUAAACACCUGUAGUUUUAUUUUAAAUUUAAAUAAAAGCGAGCAUUUCUUA